CAGUGUUACAUAUUUCCUUGCACUGUGGGAUGAUUAAAAAACAAAACAAAACAGAACAGAUGGCCCCAGUCAAGCCUCAACAGUUAAUUGCACUAGGGCUCAGAGGAUGGGAGAGAGCAAAACAUGAAACAGAUACAGAUGUGUAGCUAGCUGGUGGCAGGGACCACCCUGGAAUAUCAAUACCCAGGGGAGGCAGAGGAGAGAGAUUCUUUCUAGCAAGUCAGCCAGCAAUUCUGUGCUAGAACGUGGAAGGGCAGCUGAAUGCUCGCCUCCAGGAUACUAGAAUUCACGGUGAGCUGAUCUUUGGGAGAGAAUUAGCUUUCUCUGGUCCUGGCACAGAAAUGGAAGCAAAGAUGGAAGAGGUGCCAUCUCAGUACCCUCCAAUCCAGAGUAUCAGAGUACGGUUUACCAAGUGUGAAAAUGAGAAUGGUUUCAUCAUCACAUCCCCAGACGCGGACGGAACCAUGAAGGUGCAGAACAACUCAAUCAUCAUCACCUGUGAUGGGUUUUAUCUCAUCUCUCUGAAGGGCUACUUCUCCCAGAAGCUCAGCCUCAGGCUUCUGUACCGGAAAGGUCGGGAACCUCUCUUCUCCCUGAACAUGGUCAAAAUUGUUGACUCUGUCACAGUGGCCUAUCUGCGUUUCAAGGACAAAGUCUACCUGAAUGUGACCACUCAGAAUGCCUCCUGUGAAGACAUCCAGGUGAAUGGUGGGGAGUUGAUUCUUAUUCAUCAAAAUCCCGGUGGAUUCUGUGUCUACUGAGGACCUGAUGGCUGCACCCAAGCCAGGAACCAGCAUGAAGGCCACGCUGGGGGUGGACAGGACACAUUCUUCCUUGGGAGUGGAGGCGUUGUCCCAGCUCAGCCCUCAUAUUUGACCAAGUGAGAUGUGACCAGAAGCAGAUCACUCCCACCCCCACUCAGGGAUAUUUAAAACUUAUUUUUACAUACCAAUUAACUUUAUGUAUUUAUCCUGUAUCUUCUAAAUCACCUAGCCCUCCUCAUCCCUCAAGAUUGCCUCAAGCCUGCUAGGCACCUCCGCCAGAGUGAGAAGAAAGCUGCCUCUUCCUCAAGGUGUUCCUAUUGGUCAGGAAAUUAUCGUAAUAAACUUUCAUUAUUGAAAAAGACACUUGACUACCAUUUGUCAUCUGACAUUGUCAAAAUGAAGAAGACCAGGGAGAGGGGUUUUGAAUCUGCCAAAACCGGUGGACUGACUGCUCGCAGGCAGAGGUGCCUCUCCAGGGUGAAAUUUGUUGUAGUCGGCAUAGUGCCCCAAUCUCUGUCUCAUGUGGAGGAAUCCAAAAGGAAAAUCACGUCAUGAACAGCUGUCAGGACUUGAUGAAGAUAGCUGGCUACGCAAUACUCCACUCUGGGCUUUUUUUUUCCCCCUUGAUUUAUCCAUUUCGCUCUCCCAGCCUCCAAAUGAUCUUGAUAGAAAUUUCCCUUCAAAGAACCAUCUUGGGGGUGUGAUGCUUGAAAAACCUAAUCAGUGAUUUAAGGAAAGCUGAGAGAGUGAGAUAAUUUAUUGUGAGGGUUAUCUUUAUCACACUGGAGUGCCGUGAAACUGGACCACUCAGGAUAAGUCAGUGGACAUUUGAAUAGUCUGGGGAGAAAAUCACAUUGUUUGCCACAGAGAAGCAGUGCAACACAUGCCUAAUGCUGAGAUACAUACUCAGCCCCACAUCUUGUGCUCAGGUACCACCUUGCUAGUUUCAAAAAAGUGCUUUAGGUGAAUUGUCCCCCCACCCUUGGGCUGCGCUGCAUGGCUCAUAGGAUCUUAGUUCCCCAACCAGGAACUGAACCCAGGCCCACAGCAGUGAAAGUGCCAAGUCCUAACCACUGGACUGCCAGGGAGGUCCCUGACAUGAAUUGUUCUGAGCAAGAUAUUCUAUGAUAUGUGUCUUGACUACUUUAGAGGAUUUAAAUGUGUGUGUGUGUGUGUGUGUGUGUGUAUGUGUGUACUUGUUUGUUAUUGACUGUGUUCUGCAAAGUCAAAGUUAUUCAGAGUGGUUGCUAAUAAGUACAUGUUCACUGUAGAUAAUAUUUAAGAAAAUAACAUGUUUUCUAAGUUUAGAAUUCUGACUGCAUUUCUUCUGGACAUAUGUGUUCCAGGCCAAAGCUUAAUUGUUUUGUGAGCUGGCUGUCUUUUGUGUUAUGGCCUCUCCUCACAGCUGCCCCCUCCUUUUAGGUACACAUGGCCUGCUCCUCCCAUGCUGGCCUCCUUCAGCGACACAGGGACACUUCUGCCAGCUUCCACCCAUCAAAGUACAUGUAUCCCAUUUAAAUCAUUCAAUCAAAGGGAUAAUUAACCUUUCUCUGAAAACAGUUGAGUUUUGUGUAAAUGAAAAGUCAGGAGAUAGGAAUUCUAAUUUUGACUCUGUCGCUAACUGGCCACGGGACCCUGGACAACUAAUUUCCCAUUUUGGGAUCCUGCUUUUUUCUCUUGUCUCUAAAAUGAAUGAUCAUUUUAGAAUCUUAUGCUCAUAAAGCUAAAUGUGAAUGUACAUAGUAAAUACCUAUGUACUGGUCACUGUGAGUCAGAAUGUAUAAUCUCUUUUAAUGUGUGGAGCAAUUUUUUUCUUUCUGGACAACCUAGUAUUUUCCCUCAGUGUUUCUGGUGAUUUCUGUGAGCAUGCAUGCGUGCUGUCGUGUCUGACUGUUUGCCGCCCCAUGGGCUGUAGCCCGCCAGGCUCUUCUGUUC